GUCUGACUGUACAAGAGCAUGACAUUGCAGCGUAUCGGCCAGGAGGGGUCGCCCUGUGGUCACACAGCUGACAGGAGGCGUGGGAAGGAGGAAGCGUGGAAAGUAAAUGAUCUUGGUAGCAGCAGCAGCAGGCUGUACAAUAGACGGUGUCAUCUCAGCCCUUCCCCAGUGACACCUGCUCCUCAUGCUGCCCAGGUCUCUUCUGCUGCCAUUGUGCUCUCCUUGUGGAAGGAUCGCCUAGAGAUCGCUGAUCGUGGAGUGUGCCUAUUCCCCCAUAGGAUGGAUCUGAGUCAUCGGACGUGUAUGACAGCGAUGAUCGGCUGCUUGUUGCUGGUGACAGGACUUGUCCAUGGAACAGAAACAGACACUUCAACACCAACACAGGCCACAGAGCUGAUCUCAACAAUUUCUCCUUUGCAAACAACAGGACCAACAGGACCACCAACUGUUGCAUCGGUUUCCAUACCUGUGAGUUUACCUGAGGAAGAGACUAAUGCGACGGAAGCAUCCACACUGGCUGGAAAUACGUCAGACGUUUCAGGACAAACUACAACAGUAAGUAGCAAUAUGAGUGAUGUAACUACGCACCAAGUAAUAACUACAAACACAAGUAUAAGUGCCCCAGAGAACCAAACGACUACAGAUAUGCCAGCCAACACAACAUCACUCCUUGAGUCGAAAACACCAGGAACAAUUGUUUCAUCCAGCACACCCGAAACAUCAACGCCAGUUAAUCAUACAGAUGGAUCUGUAGAAAUUGCCAAUCAGACAUUAACAACUCCAGAGAUCGGUACGGAAUCUGUAACUACUACAGUUAAUACAGGAACAACUACCAAGCCAAUUAUGCCAAGUCCAAAACCAUCCGAAACAGCGUCUACCAUAACAACAGGUAAUACAACUACGGCUACAGUUGCCAAUUCUCCGACAACGGCAUCUACAGCAUCAACAAAAGUAACAACAAAAGAACCUGACAAACCUAUUAUCACCACUGCAAAAAGUAGCACAAUUGCUGCAACAACAGUCAAAAAUGAAAUUCCUGAUUCUCCGAACACCAAGAGUGACAAAGAAGCUCCUGAAAAACCAACAUCAACCGAGAGUAAGGCUGAACAACCCAAGGCACUUAGUUCAGGAAGUGUGGCAGCAAUUACAGUAGUUGUCAUUGCCCUUGUAUUAUUAAUAUUUGGAGGAGCAGCUUUCUGGAAAAUUAGGCAUGGAUCCUAUGGAAGACUACGGGAAGAGCCAGACUAUGGCUCCUUAGGAAAUUAUAACAAUCCAUUGUAUGAUGACUCUUGAAGGAGGAAUUUGAUUCUGAAGAACAAAAAUGUGCUGUCUGUUUUACUGUUGUGCUGGGUCACACCAACAAAUACGCUUUACCUUUGAACUCUCAGGCCUGCUGAAUUGUAUGUCUGCUGUGCAUUGAACAAAAUAAGAAGCAUGCAUUGAGCCUAAUCAUCAAUCACCACUCUUCGUUAAACCCCUGAACUGUGCCCAUUCACCUACAGUAUGAUUGUACACAAUGUUAAGAUAAAAACAAUGGGCCUGAUAUCCAGAAGGAAAGUAAUGAUUCUAUAUUUUAUUAUUAAAGUGUAAUUUUGCACAAAUAAAAUAUUGAUUUAUUUAGUUA